AAGGAUGCCGCCGAUAUUUAUGUUCUUGGGUUUCAAGAGAUUGUACCAUUGAAGACCCUAAAUGUGAUAGGAGCAGAGGACCAAGCAGUUGCAACAAGAUGGAACAACCUCAUUGCAAAAACUCUAAACAACAAAACUUGUGAAUUAUGUUCCUCAUGUCCAAAUUCAACACCUCUUUCACCGUCGUCAUGUGACAAUUAUUAUUAUUAUUAUUGCAACCACAGUAAUGUGGAUGACAAUAAUAACAAUAAUAAUUCAUUACAGAACGAUUCGAAUAAAGAGUGUUGUAGGAUUAACAGAAGAGGAAAUAACUAUAGCAACGAGUAUGCACUCGUUGCGAGCAAAAAGAUGGUUGGAGUGUUCAUAAGCGUUUGGAUGAACCGAAAAGUGUUGCAAAAGUGGCGCGUUUCAAACGUGAGAGUGUGCUCGGUGGCAUGUGGGGUGAUGGGAUACUUGGGGAACAAGGGAUCUGUGGCGGUUAGCAUGUCGAUCGAAGGGACGAGCCUCUGUUUCGUGGCGGCUCACUUGGCGUCCGGGGAGAAGAAGGGUGAUGAAGGGAGGAGGAACCACCAGGUAGCUGAGAUUUUUAGGAGGACAUGUUUUCCUAGAAACACAACAAAAGAUGAUUAUGAUAUUAAUAAUCACCAUCAUCCUCUUACCAUCUUAGGCCAUGAUCGAAUAUUUUGGUUUGGGGACCUAAACUACAGGCUAUACUUAGAGGACAAGCAUGCUAGGAAUCUGAUAAGAAAGCAAGAUUGGAAAGGUUUGCAUGAAUUUGACCAACUCCAAAAAGAACUUGAAGAAGGUGGAGUAUUUGAAGGUUGGAAAGAAGGUAACAUUGAAUUUGCACCAACAUAUAAGUAUUCAUCAUCCAUUAGCAAUAGAUACUGUGGUGGUGGACUCCAUACCAAAUCAGGAGAAAAGCAAAGAACUCCAGCAUGGUGUGAUAGAAUUUUAUGGUAUGGGAAAGGAAUAGAACAGCUUCAUUAUACUCGGAGUGAAAUCACAUUCUCUGAUCAUCGUCCUGUUUCUGCUCUUUUUACUACACACAUUGAAAUUAAUUCAUCUGCCACACCACUUCUUCAACUUCACAAAUUCCAACCAACAUUGUUACACCCCACACAUGGGGUGAACAAAGAAGAUGAAGAUGGAAAUCCCACUUUAUUAUCAUUGUUAACAAAGGACGUACAAGCCUGCUAACACAAGGAAGAAGAAAAGAAAAGAAAAAAAAGCUGUAAAUUAGAAAGGAUGCUUAUGAUGUGAUUAUUAUUUAUCGAUAAAGAAGUCAAUAUUUUUUGGAAUAUUAAUUACUUUGGAUUUAUUUGAAGGGUUAAGAUUAAUUAGGUUGCAAGCUAGUAGUGUAGCAAAUAUAAUAGAGUGCGAAAUAUAAUCAAUUAAGAUGUAUUGUUGAUUUUGUAUGGAAAGAUCUUAGUCCA